AAAAUUAUAGUUAUGGAGUACAAAAUAGGCGAAUACGGUUGGGAAAGGUUGGCAAAUUUGCGAGGGAAAUUAGAGACCAGAGAGAGAGGGAGAUUGAACGGGGUGGCUUGCAUUUCGCAGACUCUGUUUCUCGGCCAACCGAAACCCAAAAGUGGUCCAAAGCACAACACACCAUCUCAUUGUCUCCUAUCAAUCUUUGUUUUCUAUAUCAGUCAUGUCGUCCUCGUCCCCCCAAUCUGGCCGUUCAACACGAGAGAUUAAUCCGGGGGGAUAAAUAUGCCUACCACCUUCUCUCUUACCCUCUUUCUCUCUCUCUGCGACAUUCCCCUUUUUUCUUUUUUGGUAAAGACAAAACAUAAAGCCAGAAAGAAGGGGAGGGGAGGACGACGAUUAGUUUCGACUCUUGACCAUGGGUGGUGAGGGGGUAAGUGCACCAUCACUUGAGUUAUAACCCCACUUAACCCCCUACAUUCUUCUCUAAAGGGUUAUAGGUAGAGGUAUCUAUAUAUCUUCAGGGUUUCAGCACCUUGUGGUAUAUAUAAGUGCUUGACUCUACUAAUCCUUUGGCGAUCAAUCAGGAUGUCUGCAUCUGAUGCUGACCGACGCCCUGCUGAAAACUCUGAGGAUGAGAAGAAAACAAAGCUUGGGUCUUUUAAGAAGGCAAUUUCGAAUUCCUUCAAUAAGGGUCGCUGGAACAGUAAGGUAAUGUCUUUCCCUAUGGAUGACAUUGAUGCCGAGGAGUUAAAGCAAGCCGAAGAAUUUCGGCAAGUACUUAUUGCGGAAGACCUGCUGCCUUCAAGACAUGAUGAUAUUCAUAUGAUGCUAAGAUUUUUAAGGGCCAGGAAAUUCGACCCUGAGAAAACAAAGCAAAUGUGGUCUGAUAUGAUCCAGUGGAGGAAGGAAUUUGGUGCUGAUACUAUAAUGGAGGACUUCGAAUUCAAGGAAAUUGAUGACGUCUUGAAAUAUUAUCCACAAGGGCAUCAUGGAGUUGACAAGGAUGGACGCCCUGUCUAUAUCGAGAAGCUUGGUCAAGUAGAUUCCAACAAGCUAUUGCAAGUGACAAAAAUGGAAAGAUAUGUAAAGUACCAUGUACGGGAGUUUGAGAGGACCUUUGUGCAUAAAUUUCCUGCCUGUUCCAUUGCGGCUAAGAAGCAUAUUGAUCAGAGCACUACCAUUUUGGAUGUGCAAGGAGUGGGGUUUACAAGUUUGAACAAAUCUGCAAGGGAACUCAUCCAAUGCCUUCAGAAAGUUGAUGGUGACAAUUAUCCUGAGACCCUGAACCGUAUGUUCAUCAUCAAUGCUGGUUCUGGAUUUAGGCUCUUAUGGAAUACUGUGAAAUCUUUCCUUGACCCCAAAACCACUGCAAAAAUCAAUGUACUGGGAAGCAGUUACCAAAGCAAGUUGCUUGAAAUAAUUGAAGCUAGCGAGCUGCCAGAGUUUUUGGGAGGUAGUUGUAAAUGUCCUGAUAAGGGUGGCUGCAUGCUUUCUGAUAAGGGCCCAUGGAAUGAUCCAGAAAUAAUGAAGAUGGUACAUAGUUAUGCUGAGGAGCGUGAGGCUGAAGCCAAAUCCUCUAGCAAAACUACAUCCGGCAAUAUGGAUUCAAGCAAUAAGGAGUCUAACAAGGAGGCGGGUGAAAAGGAGUCAGGAAAAACGGAGCCAGGCAAAACGGAGUUGGCCAAAAAUGAGGAGUCCAGCAAAACUGAGUCGGACAAAAAUGAGUCUGGGAAAAAGGAGUCAGGCAAGAUGGAGGAGAAGGUCUCUGAAGAAGAGAAGACAAUCUCUGAACAUGUGAUGGCUCACCCUUACCCUCACCCUCACCCAGAUCGAUCUGAUUCAGUCUGCUCAGAUGCUUUCUUGGAGGCUAAUGACAUUCAGAUAGAUCAUUUAUCUCCUGUGCCUGAAGAACUUUCAACUCCCAUGGGAAGUGAAAAAGAGGAAAAGCUUAGAGCUGCUCUCACUGCCUUAGAACAACAGCUGACUGCAACCAAGCAGGCUGAGGUUGAGAAAGAGCUAAAGCUGAAGGCUGCUCUCGAUCGUGUCAAUGCCUUGGAAAAAGAGCUAACAGAAACAAAGAAGACACUUGAUGAAACCCGUAUUAAACAAGAGGAGCUUCUAGCCACUGUUGGGAAGGAAAAGAAGUUUAGUAUAUUCUGUUGGUGAGGCGCACCAUAUAAACAUAUAUGUAGUAUGGUGGAUUAGUGGCUCAGGCUUGAGUGGUUCUCAUGAGGGCUGAAGUGGAAAUACCGUUUGGCUAUCUGUCUUUUGGGCUACUUUCAGAUGAAAGAACUGUCACUUGCAUAUGGAGGAAAGCUUCGCAAAGCUAGACAUAGAUGUUAUAUGAGGAAUACCAAAGUAGCAACGAAAAUGACAAUCUAAAUAUGCCGACUCCUCAUAGAAGUUGGAGCCUCCUCUUGGGUUAGCAUUUAAGAACUAUGUAUAUAGAAGUAGCUAUUAAGAAGAAAAACAUGCGCCUGGGGCUUCGAAAUACAUAUGAGAGAUCAUCAAUUGGAGCCAAAAGUGCAAAACUGAUGCAAAGGGCAAGAAAUGUUCAACAGAAACAAUGGAACUAUGAGCUCCUUCAGAUGCAUACAAUUUGCAAGAGAUAUUAUGAAGA